AUGGCUAAACUCCUUCCUGUUUGUUCAUUUGUUCCGUUUUCUGAGCCUAAACUUGUGAUUCUCAUAUUUUUAAUUGUUUUAAUGAUUUAUUUUCAGCUUUCAGCUGAUAUCAGUGAGGAAAAUUAUGAUAAAAGAAAAUUAACUACUUUCGAACUUUCUGAAAUUAAAGAAUAUUCAAAAAUUUAUUUUGUUGGUCCACAUGCUAAAAAACGAAUUGAUUUUGAUGAUAAAGAUGGUGUAUAUAAAGUAGUUUUGCAUGAUCAUUUAGCUUACAGAUUUGAAAUAAUAAAAUAUAUUGGGAAAGGAAGUUUUGGACAUGUUGUAAGGGCUUUUGAUCACAAGGAUAAACAAGUAACGUUUCUUCUCUCCAAAAGAAUGACUCUUUUUACAAUCCCUCGAAAAGUGUCGUUUAAUUAG